GUCACUGUCCCGCCCCGACGUUUACAAACUGUGCACUCAAAUCAGGGACACUGCAGCGACUAUGACCCGCUUUUAAGAUGCAGUGAGGAAGAGGAGAAGAAGGGGGCAUCAGUGCAGAUAGAAGAGAGAGAGAGGGAGUCAGUCCCACCGUGUUCUCUUGGUAAGGAGAAGCUGGGGUUCAGUCUGGCUGCAUCACAGGAGACACAGAGCCCGCAUACCCGGAGCUGCCUGUCGCAGGUUAAAAGCACUGAAGACGGUCCCGUGAAGUUCCCAUUGAAUCCGUAUGGGAUUAAUGGACCUCUACUAUGGCCCAAAGGAGAUGAUUGUACACCCAUCACUUGUUGUACAAUGACAAGCAUGAUUUACCUGACUGUAAUAAGCAUUUUGUACUUGCCCAUUUUACUCUUUGAGGCAUUCGUCUUUUCCAAAGGCAAGUAUGAGAGGUCAGUUGUCCCAAGCUCUGCCUCCCGCCUGGUGGCACGAAUGGAUGGGGAUGUAAUAAUAGGCGCCCUGUUUUCCGUACACCACCAGCCGUCAGCGGAGAAGGUUGCUGAGAGGAAAUGCGGAGAAGUCCGUGAGCAGUAUGGCAUCCAGAGAGUGGAGGCCAUGUUCCACACCCUGGAUAGAAUAAACUCAGACCCCAACCUGCUGCCCAACAUCACCCUUGGCUGUGAGAUCAGGGACUCCUGCUGGCAUUCCUCUGUGGCCCUGGAGCAGAGCAUUGAGUUCAUACGGGACUCUCUCAUCUCCAUCCGAGAUGAUACGGAGGGCUCCAAGUGGUGCAUUGAAGGGUCACCCUCCAGCCAGCCGCCUCCUACCAAGAAGCCCAUUGCAGGAGUCAUCGGUCCCGGCUCAAGCUCGGUUGCAAUUCAAGUCCAGAACCUUCUGCAACUGUUCAACAUCCCGCAGAUUGCCUAUUCUGCAACAAGCAUUGACCUCAGUGAUAAGACCUUGUUCAAGUACUUCCUCAGAGUUGUGCCCUCAGACACGCUACAAGCCAGAGCCCUGUUGGACAUUGUCAAACAGUACAAUUGGACCUAUGUGUCAGCAGUACACACAGAGGGUAACUACGGCGAGAGCGGGAUGGAGGCGUUCAAAGAGCUCGCCUCGCAGGAAGGGCUCUGCAUCGCUCAUUCUGACAAGAUCUACAGCAACGCCGGCGAGAAGCACUUCGACCGGCUGCUCAGGAAGCUGCGGGAGCGUCUUCCCAAAGCCAGAGUUGUUGUCUGCUUCUGUGAAGGCAUGACAGUCCGCGGGCUGCUCAUGGCUAUGAGGCGCCUCGGAGUAGCGGGAGAGUUCCUCCUAAUUGGCAGUGACGGCUGGGCGGACCGCGUGGAGGUGGUGGAGGGAUACGAGCACGAGGCUGUUGGCGGCAUCACCGUGAAGCUACACUCCGAAGAGGUCUCCUCCUUCGACAAUUACUUCCUGAAGCUCAAGCUCAGCACGAACACGCGCAACCCGUGGUUCCCGGAGUUCUGGCAGCAUCGCUUUCAGUGCCGCCUUCCCGGACACCCGCAGGAGAACCUGAACUUCGCACGCAACUGCUCAGAGGAUGAUGAUCUAGAACUCCAAGAUGGUUACGAAAGUCUUGAAGACAACUAUGUUCAAGACAGCAAGAUGGGCUUUGUCAUCAAUGCCAUCUACGCCAUGGCACACGGUCUGCAUGACAUGCACUCACACCUCUGUCCCGACCAUGUGGGACUGUGUGAUGACAUGAAACCCAUCGAUGGAAGCCAUUUGCUGGAGUUUCUACUCAAGACGUCCUUCACAGGAGUGUCUGGGGAGGACAUAUGGUUUGAUGAGAAUGGAGACUCGCCUGGAAGGUAUGAGAUUAUGAACUUCCAGCAUGUGGAGCCUGGUGUUUAUGACUACAUCAACAUCGGCUCGUGGCACGAGGGCAUGCUGAGCCUCGACGAUGAAAUGAUCCAGAUGAACAGCAGUGACAUGGUCCGCUCCGUCUGCAGCGAGCCCUGCUCCAAAGGAGAAAUCAAGGUCAUAAGAAAGGGGGAGGUGAGCUGCUGCUGGAUAUGCACUGCCUGCAAGGACAAUGAAUAUGUGCAGGACGAGUUCACAUGCAAGGCCUGUGAGCUGGGCUGGUGGCCUGACAAAGAACUGGAGGGUUGCGAACCAAUUCCCCUGCACUACCUCGAGUGGAGCAAUCCAGAAUCAAUCAUCCAGGUUGUCUUUUCCUGCUUGGGCAUCCUGGUUACGUCAUUCGUAGCCUUCAUCUUCGUCCUGUACCGUGACACGCCUGUGGUGAAGUCAUCCAGCCGUGAGCUCUGCUACAUUAUCCUGGCUGGGAUCUUCCUUGGAUACCUGUGCCCUUUCACCCUCAUAGCGCGACCCACAGUGACGUCCUGCUACCUUCAGAGACUUCUCGUCGGACUCUCAGCCGCCAUGUGCUACUCCGCACUCGUGACCAAAACCAAUCGCAUCGCUCGCAUCCUGGCGGGCAGCAAGAAGAAGAUCUGCACCAGGAAGCCGAGGUUCAUGAGCGCGUGGGCUCAGGUGGUCAUCGCCUCAAUACUUAUCAGUCUUCAGUUGACGUUGGAAGUUACGCUUAUCAUCAUGGAGCCUCCUGAACCAAUCAAAUCCUACCCAAGCAUCAGAGAAGUGUUUCUGAUCUGCAACACCAGCAACCUUGGCGUUGUGGCGCCACUGGGCUACAACGGUUUGCUCAUCAUGAGCUGCACCUACUAUGCAUUCAAGACCCGCAACGUUCCCGCCAAUUUCAACGAAGCCAAGUACAUCGCCUUCACAAUGUACACCACGUGCAUCAUUUGGCUCGCCUUUGUGCCGAUCUACUUCGGCAGCAACUACAAGAUCAUCACCACGUCGUUCUCUGUGAGCCUCAGCGUGACCGUGGCUUUGGGGUGCAUGUUCACGCCAAAGAUGUACAUCAUCAUCGCGAAGCCAGAGCGGAACGUACGCAGCGCGUUCACCACGUCCGACGCCGUGCGCAUGCACGUCGGCGACGGCAAAAUCGCCUGCCGAAGCAACAGCCUCCUCAACAUGUUCAAGAGGAAGAAGAACACCGGGAACGGCAGUUCUAAUGGAAAGUCUGUGUCAUGGUCUGAACCAGGUGCAAGACAUCCUCCCAAAGGGGAUCAUAUGUGGCACAGACUGUCAGUGCAUGUGAAGAGACAGGAAGCAGGUUCCAAUCAGAUGGCUGUCAUCAAACCCUUAACUAAUACCUACCAAAACACUGCCGGUGAGUUCUCAGACCUCAGCACUAAGACGUUGUACAAUGUGGCUGAGGAGGACGAAAACGACCCGCUCACUUACAGCUCCCCCGCCACUCCCCCCAUGAUGGCCCACGGACAGAUGCCAGCCUGUGACAUGACAAAAGAGGCGGCCGGGGACGUGGAGCUCUAUUCCCUGGACCGUCUCCAGCAAAAUAGCAUUAUCCCUCAACACUGCGUCACGGACUGCCUGCAGGAGGAGAUUGUUCUGAAUGAGUUAAGCAGUGACACCCAUGAGCUCGUUGACGAUGUGUGCCUGCCUCCGGCUGUUUCAGGCAUGCCGGUGUACCACCAGGCUCACCUCAUCCAGCAGGAACCCAUCCUGCCUGUCCAUCUUGACCCAUUUGAUGAGGAGCCCGUCUCCCCUUUAGAGGAGGAGGAAGAAAUGGAGAGCGAGCAGUUCGGCCUCCUACAGGGCUAUAUGUAUAACAACACCCAGAUUCACGACGAGGAGGAGGACAUGAUAGAGGUCAAAUUAGCAAUGGAGGACUCCGUCGCCCUAAUGCCACCGUCCCCUUUCCGCGAUCGCUCUGGUACCCCAGUAAGCCCGUUUCCCAACUCACCAGUGUCCGAGUCCGUCCUGUGCACACCUCCAAAUGUGACGUAUGCCUCUGUCAUUCUUGGAGACUACAAGCAGAGCGCUUCGACUCUGUGAUUUGAUGCCCUAAAUGUUAAAGGUGCAGUAUGUAACUUUAAUACAAAAAAAUUCUUUUUUUACAUAUUUGUUAAAACUGUCGCCAUGUAUGGUUUGAGACCAUUUGUGAAAAGAUCGAUCUCCUUCAAGAGCUACUAUUGUAGUCUGAAGAAAUGCACCACUCCCAAUCAAAAACAACCAAUGAGAGCCAGGAGGAGGAUCUUAGCACUGUCAUUCAUCCUUGUGUACACGCUGCUAAAUGUGCUAAUGGCGGAGAAACAACUCACCGUUACAGGAAAACCGUUUAUCGCAGUCAUCAGUCGCCAUACUAACUAGCUUGAACAUUCAUGACAGACUGUGCUCGGUGUAGCAUAGCAGAGAGCAAGAAGGGGAAGAUAAAUGGGAGAAUGAGCAGCACUACACAGAGGGGUGAUUGACAACGGUAAGACCCUCUUCCUGCGCUGAUUGGUUGUGUCUAGAUAGCACUGGGAGAAGGCAGAGGAGCUUGAUCCUUUUUUUUUUUUUCACAGAUUAUCUGUCUCAAACAAUACUGUCACAACAUAGUGUCAGUUUCAACAGAUACUGUAUGUAAAAAAUACUUUUUUAUGAAAGUUACAUACUGCAGUUUUAAGAGUUCUGCUACAUGUUCAAGUUUACAUCAACAUGCGCUGUAUGUGAUAAUAUAUAAGGAAAAAGUCACUCUGUGGUCGUUUUCACUCGAUAGCUUUUACUUAAGUUCCUACAUUUUAUAAGAAUUAAAUCCGCCGUAUGCAGUAGUGAAAGAUCUUGCAAACACGCUGUAUAUUUCUGAUGUAAUAUUUUACACUUAAGUAGAUUCUGCCUUUACUUGACAAUUGAAUAAGAUUGCCAAUGGAUACAUGUACAUUUAUUUAUUUGAAAACAGAUUUUUAACCAGUCUAAGAAUAGUUUCAGUAUAAGACUAUUCACUUUGACAGUAUGCUAAGGAAAAUGUGUCUUGUGGUUACACUUUGUAACUGCUGUCUUUCAUCAGAUAAGAGGAGGAUAUAAGCAGCUGUUGGGUUUUAGAUUGUCUCAUUUAUGUUAUUGUAGAAUUAGAUGAGAUGAAGAAAAAGAUGCUUGUAGAAGUUUAAGCUGAAGAACAGUGCAGCCAGGCUACACAAGUUCUACACUAGCUUAGCAUAAAACCAGACGUAUAAAAGUUUCUUCACCAAAAUGGCCGCAAUCUGUGGCUCCAAUCAACUCCCAUUUCAGGCUUUUUUUUCCCUACAAAACAUUUUCCUCAAGUUUUUCUGACUUCAUUACCAAAAUGCAUUUUCUCUCACUCUAACUUUCAGGGAUUUGUUUAUAAAAUCUCUCUCUAAUUAUUAACAGUGGUUCUGUUUCAUCAACACAUACAUUCAUUUUGCACCCACAUAUUGCUAUUAUUUUCCCUUAUGUACUCCGGCUGUUGCGUAUCAGUUCAGUUUUUUUCCUAAUUAUUUUUUAUGAUAAAUAGUUAUAAAAUGGUCACUUAUAAUUUAAUAACAUUAUUUUCUAAAGAUUCUAAAUUCUAUUUUUAUGUAUAUCAUUUCUGAUCUCUAAUUGGACCAGAUGAUUCCAUUGAAUUAUGUCAUAUUAUGUCCCUGAUUAAUCCAACAACUAUGGCUGACCUGUUGUGGGAAUAUAUUAAAUAAUGAAGUCAUAAAACCACAUUACAUAUUGACUGACAUUUGUGUCAUAGUGUCCAAAAAUGUCUACUUUGGUUGGUAGAAAAUGACAAAUUGCCCCAUGGCAUAUAGCUCCACUUGGUAAUCAAAAAAAUCAAUUACAAAAUUACUGCACGAAAGGACAAAAACACACAAUGGCUCAGCAGAAACAACAGCUGUGACAGCUGCAAGAAAGGUUGCUUGUUGUUGUUGCCAAUUGUGAAUGUUGAAAUUGAAUGUACAGUGCUGAGAAACCCGAAAACCAGCAGAGCAGGCCCAGAGCGUUACACUGCCACCACCGUGUUUCACUGCUGGUAUCAUGUCGUUUUUCUGUAAUGAUGUGUUAGUUUUCUCCGGAUGUAAUGGGACACUUUCCACAAAGCUCCACUGCUGUCUCAACAGUCGACAGAAUAAUUUCCCAUAUGUCUUCUUGGGGAUCACUGGGAGGUUGAUUGGGAAACAUGAGACAGGGCCAUGUGGUCAUUUUGGUUCUGGUCUUAGAACUCUGCCCUGGAUGCCAAUUUUGCUUGGGCUCUGUCCCAUGAAAACUGAUCUAAACUUCUUGGCUCUUUUGUGACCUGUCUGUUCUUGAACCCAGUCCUGGGAAGAUUCAACAAUCUCCCGUUUUGACCAUUUGGGGAUAAUGCCUUUCAUUUUCAAUGUCUUAUAAAUUGCUUUGAAGCAUUUUUCAGACUGCUAGGUGUCAUUGCCAUUGAUUUUCCAUCUGUUCUUGAAGUUUUAAGUUUACGCCGUCAGUGUUUAGAAUACUGAAGCCUUUCAGCGUACUUCAAUCAAGUUCUAUGGUGAUUUCUUGAGACUAACGGUUUGGCAGUAAUCCCUAUAUUUUGCUAGAUAAACUAAUGCUGGAAAUGCGGUUAAUAAUAGCUACUUCAUGAUGUGAGCAAUCUCUCUUUUUUCACAUCAGGCCAGGUGUGUUUAGAUGGAUUUUUAUCUUUAAUAAAGGAAAAUGAACUCCUUUUUGGUUUUGUUCUGUUCAUGACUGUCAGAUAUUAAAUUUGU